AUGAGUCAUCGUUUAGUGGCCUACGAUGCCAAAGUUCAUACCAUCAAAGACUUGGAAGAGGCUGCGACAGUUAAGCUUCUUCCUCUGACCAGAGACUACUAUAAUGGCGGGUCCAUGUACAAUGUGACGCUCAAAGACAACCAAACGUCGUACGACCAGUAUAGGUUUCGUCCUAGAGUGUUGAGGGAUGUUAGCGAAGUCGACACUAGUAUUAUUUCUAUGGGAAAGAAGAAUGCUUUUCCUUUGGGUAUUGCUCCUGCUGCUUGCCAUGGAAUGGCUCAUCCAGACGCUGAACUUGGUACUUCCAGAGCAGCAGCCAAGAAAGGCGUGAAUAUGAUUCUUUCCACCUGGUCAAACUCUUCACUAGAAGAUGUUAUCAACCAAGGUAAAGGCGAAACCACAUAUUGCCAGCAGAUAAACUUGAUGAAAGACGAUACGAUAAACCUUUCCCUUAUCAAGAAGGCAGAAGAGUGUGGGUACGAAGCUGUGAUCAUCACCGUUGACACGCCCUGGGUCGGAAGAAGACUCAGUGAAUUUAAGAACCCUUUCAAUCUCUCCAGAUUUCUCAACUUCCCCAACUUCCCAGAAAUGACCCAGAAGAGGAUGCUUAGUCUUGACGAAAAGCACCAACUCAAGAUGGAUCUUACCUGGGAAUAUAUCAAGUUCCUCAAGUCUAAGACUUCUUUGAAGAUGUGGAUCAAGGGUAUCGCAACAGGUGAAGAUGCUGCAUUGGCUGUAGAGCAUGGCAUGGAUGGUAUUAUCGUGUCCAACCAUGGAGGAAGACAGUUGGAUGGAGCCAUUUCGACUUUGGAGUCUUUGCCUGAAGUCGUUGAGGCUGUCAAUGGAAGAAUUCCUGUUCACAUUGAUGGAGGCAUCAGAAGUGGAACCGAUAUAUUCAAGGCUUUGGCACUUGGAGCUGACUUCUGCUGGGUCGGAAGAAUUCCAUUAUGGGGACUUGCUUACAAUGGAGAACAAGGUGUAUCUCUUGCUCUUAACAUUCUUCACGACGAGUUCCGUAACACCAUGGCUCUUGCUGGUGUGACCAGAGUGGAAGAUAUCGGGCCAGAGCACUUGGCUAGAGUCAGACCUGCUAUCGAGAGAGUAACCAGAAAGAAGGAUAAAACCCCAUCAAAGCUUUAG